AUGACAGAAUUGGGUGAUUUCCGCACCGUUUUCAAGUCUGAAUCCGAAGGCCGAGUGCGCAACCUUGAAUGUCGGCCCUGGAACCCUUGUGGAUCCCAGGAUCUUCCAUGUCGACAGCGGCACCUUACCACUAAGCCGCAGACUGGACUUACGGAGGUUCGUUUUCGCUGGCCGGCAUUUGGUUUUCAGCGAAGAGUUCCACACGGGCCGGAUUCUCCCUGGCCCGUACAUCUCGAGCGUUUCCAACCACUCAGCCCUCUUCUUCAGAGCUUGGGAACACCGUGCGAUGAACUCCUUGCAGCUGCAUCUGCUCGACUGGCUGGGCAACGAGCUACUUUACUCGGGUCAGACACGUGGGACGUUGAACAAUCUCACAGACAGCCUGCUGUGGGUGGCCAAGCUGUACAAGAACGCCCAG